UUAUCCCACAAUAUUUUUUUUAAAAAAAAGAAGUUAUUAUUUAAAAAAAAAAAAUCCAAUUUUUUGUUCCUCUCAUUCCAUGGCUCAAUUGAAGAACCAUAAUUUCUGCGGCACAAAAAGAUCGGCCCCCGACGAAUCGGACGAUAUAAUGAAAAUCGAUUCAAAGAAAUCAACGGCCAUGAUUUCAUCUCUCCUCGAGGAUCCAGCGGCCGCGAUUGCCAACACGCGUCACGAAUUCGGCGAACACGGAGGGGUAAACAUGUCAAUUGAAGCCUCCGCUACAUUCACCGUCAUGGAACCGGAAACGAUGCGGCGGAUGUUCUCCGGAGAGUUAGGUCCUGACCGCGAUUUCUUCAUCUACAGCCGUCAUUUCAAUCCAACGGUGUUGAAUCUCAGCCGUCAGAUGGCGGCCUUAGAAGGCACCGCCGCCGCGUACUGCACCGCCAGUGGAAUGUCAGCCAUCGCCUCCGUUCUCCUCCAACUCCUAGCGAGUGGGGACCACGUGGUGGCGAGUAGAACAUUGUACGGUGGGACCCACGCUUUGUUGACCCACUUUUUACCGAGGACAUCGAACAUAACGACGUCGUUUGUGGACAUAGGGGAUUUGAAGGAAGUGGAGAAGGAAAUAGUGGAAGGGAAAACGAAAGUGCUUUAUUUUGAAGCGGUUUCGAAUCCGACGUUGGCGGUGGCGGACAUACCGGAAUUGUGUCGGAUUGGACAUGAAAAUGGGCUGACGGUGGUGGUGGAUAAUACUUUUGCGCCUAUGGUUCUGUCGCCGGCGAGGCUCGGUGCUGACGUUGUCGUUCACAGUAUUUCUAAGUUCAUAAGCGGUGGUGCUGACAUCAUUGCAGGUGCGGUGUGCGGGCCUGCAAAGCUAGUGAACUCGAUGAUGGACCUACGACAGGGGAGCUUGAUGCUUCUGGGGCCGACUAUGAACGCAAAGGUGGCGUUCGAGCUGUCGGAGAGAAUCCCUCACUUGAGCUUGAGAAUGAAGGAACAUUGCAGAAGAGCGUUGGUGUUUGCAGAGCGAAUGAAGGCGGCAGGGCUAAAGGUGAUAUACCCGGGACUAGAAGACCACCCACAACACCAACUAAUGAAGAGCCUCGCGAACCCAGAAUACGGGUUCGGGGGAAUGUUGUGUAUAGACAUGGGGACCGAGGAAAGAGCAAACAAGCUCAUGAAUGUACUCCAAAACACCACCCAAUUUGGGUUCAUGGCUGUCAGUUUAGGGUACUAUGAAACCCUAAUGUCAUGCUCAGGCAGCAGCACAAGCAGUGAAAUGAGUGGAGAGGAAAAGGAAUUGGCUGGAAUCUCACCAGGCCUUGUAAGAAUGUCUAUUGGAUAUAUGGGCACAUUGGACCAAAAAUGGAGCCAAUUUGAGAAGGCUCUUGCCAAAUUGCAAGACAUGGGGCUUCCAUUGUCCAACAAUUAAUCACAAAUUUGGAACCUUAAUUACUGGUUCAGAUCUGUUUUGUUCUUUAUGGGACAUCGGUUUGGACCUCUUCUUUAUAAAACUGAUCGAUUUGGUUUGAUUCUUGGUGUCUACUCUAAAAUCGAUAAAAUCGAAUCGACUUUCACCCAUAAUAUGUAUAGUUGCUUAUUGCUUAUGAGUAUGAUGUUUUGAAAUUAAAGAAUAAA